UUAAGUUUUAAUUUGUUUUUCUUUUCAGAUUUAUCAAUAAUGCCAUACAAAAUUGUAAAAACUUAUGAAAAGGGGGUCACACAACUAACAGCCGUACCAAGUACUUGGGAAGAAGAUGGCGUCCUACGAUGGCCUAGAUAUAACGAAAAUAAAUUAAGAAGAAUUGAAGGUUCGCUUCCUGAUAACAGCUGGCGAAAAAUAAAUUGCCAAGUGAAGAGAUCCAAUCUAAUUACUUUUCUUAAAGCGGAACAGGAAGUAGACAAAAUGUGUAAAUACUCUGAAACAGAAACAGACGCUGAUGAGCAAGAUUUAAAUUAUGUGACAGACAAUAGAGAUAUAACGUUCGAGGAAAUUGUUCGAGAUUGCAUUGAGCGCGAUAGUAUUUCUCCAGGAGCAUUGACUAACAUAGUCGAAGCAUCAUCAUCAGAGAGGCAAGAAAAUGAUGUACUAUGUCAAAUUGAUGAAACAAGCCCUUUAGAAAACGCACCAAUAGAAAUUCAUAUUGAUUCCAACGUUCAACAAAAUGUGUCUCAGCCUGACAAAGCAAGAAACUUAGGAAACUCACUAAUAUUAAUUCAACCUCAAGCUACCAAUACUGAUUCCAAUGCUCAGCAGAAUACGACUACCGAAGUACAAAUUGAUAACGCCUCUUUAACUUUGAUGGUUCUGGGAAAGAUAGAAACUUUGCAAGAAAAUUACAAAACUCUCAACGAGAAAGUAACAGAAAAUAUCAAAGCCCAACAAGAUGACAGAAAAUUUAUAAGUGAAAGCAUACAGUCCAUUAUGGUCGCUAUAUCCAAUAUUAGCGUUCAGUUUGAACAUGUAAUGAAACAGUUUAGCAGUGCAGAAAAUAAAAAGCAAAAAGUAACCAUACAGAAUAUUGCAAGUGAAAACGAUCUUAACAAUUUUGAAAAAGAGUUGGAAAAUCCGGAUACAGAAGUAGAAUGGAAGAAAAAGUUUUUGAUUAUUUGCGGGAAAGGAAAAGGUCGGGGGAUAAAUAACGCAUAUGCAUUGUCUGAUUCAAUGUUCACUAGAAGCUUUUUAAACCAGUGCAGCUGGGCUGGAGGAUCUCGAACGCCUGAACAAAAGAUUUGCUUCAAAAGCCACACUAAAAUCAUAAAUUUCUUUUUUGAUAUUGUUCAUGAGUCAGAUAGUUCAUUUACCGUAAUAGAAUGCCACCAAUUCUUCAAAACCAUUCUGAAAAACUCACGCUCACGCAAAGAAAGCAAACAAGAAAGAACAUCUAGAACAAAGAAUCGACCAAAAAUAAAAGCAAACCGCAAGAACUUGUGUAACCGAAAACAGACAUAUUUACCCAUUACCGGAACAUCUGCACAAGAGAAUCGCUCAGAGGCCUCUUCACCAGUUGCUGGUACGUCUGCCUCUGGUCCAAAAAACUGCUCAGAGGUAUCAGUUAUUGGAAAGUCUGUCCUAGAAAACAACGACCAGAUGUCAUCUGCAUCUGUCGCAAAAAUACAUACUGAGAUUACUGAGUCACUUGAAACAUCUGUUUAAAAAACUGUUUAUUUCCGAGACAACACUCGUGGGCAAUGUUAAUGAUGUUCGUUAGUUUUCAUUAGUUUAACAAUACAAUUAAAUUACUCUAGCAGCCGUAUUCGAACAAUGAAAUACGUCAAAUACUAGAUAUUGAGUCGAUAUGGAUUGGAUAUGUCAGUGUCAAACAAGUGUCAAAAUUGACUUUUCUUCAAACAAAAA